UGUACAACGGUCUAGACACAGCCAACGAGUCCAUCCUUCCAUCCAUCAAGCACAUGUGCGCCACCUUUCUGUCCGCAGAGGACAUGUGUGCGCUGCCGCAUGCAUUCAUUGCGUGUAACACGGCACACCGACAAACCACACCAAGCAAACCUGGACCGAUGUGUGGUCGAUCCGGGGCUGCUGGGUUGGGGCCGUGAGCGUUGCGUGCCACACACACAGCGUGGAUGCACGGACAGCGCCACACACGAGCAUCAACAGCAUCAAUCGCAUCGCAUCGGGAUGUAUGUGUUGCCCCACACACACUUGUUCGCUAAGAUGUCUUGGGCCUGCCGUGUGAGACCGAUCAGCCGCUUUCACCCGUCCGCAGCGACGAGCUGAGAAGGCCCAUGGAGCAACGGCGCUUCACGGGCUCUCUCGAGUCGACGCUGCGGAUUGGCGAAGAGCGACUGAUCUCUCACUUGCCAACCACCAAUGCGCUGGAUCUGCACUCUCCCUCCCUCCCUCUCAGGCAUCGGCCAACCGAUCACCCAUGUAUCCAUCCAUCCAUCGAUGUUAGUCAGUGUGUGCCGUCGCCCCCGCCCCUGUGUGCACAUCCAUCCCGCCCUCCUAUCUGUCCCCAUCGCCGCUCACACUGUCCUCCUGCACCAUCAUGACGUCAUCCGCUGCUGGUGGUACUACUGGUGGGGGUGGGGCUGCUGGUGGUGGGCCUGGUGGGGGGAGAGAGGGGGAGGGGAGGGGACCUGACGGCUCCAUGAUGUGAGGUGACGGCCUUUGUGGCUGCUGCUGCCGCUGGUGGUGGUGGAGGUCGUCCUCCUUCUUGAUCGUGACGUUGUUGUUGUUGUUGUUGUUCUCUGACGGCGUGUCGUUCUGGGCCGGUGCGUCGUCCUCGUCAACACCCAGACGGGCCGCCUCCUACACACGCACAAGCACAAGCAAACACACACACACACACACACACACGUAAGAAGAAUGAUGAAUGGAUAAGCUCUGUUGAGCGUCGCCAGCUGCUCACCUCUCGCACCAAGUACGUCCACAUCACAAUGGACCUGUCCACACCGCAACCUGACGACCCACGCCACGCCCCCACAGAAACCAACACCACACAGACACAGUGAAUGAAUGGAUGGACGGCCUGGAGGCCUAGAUAUCUCUCUUGGCCGCUCGCUCACCAGUGGAUAUCAUGAUGCCUGUCUGGUGUGAGGGGUGGCAGUCGACGCUGCUGACGAACAUCUUGUGCAUCCGCCGUGACGGCACAUAGUUUGGCCGCUUGCCCCCCCGCCGCAGGCGCACCGGUGGGCCCUCCUUGGCCCCCGUGAAGCCAUCCCACAUGUGGACGUACCCGUCAUGCCCCGGGAUCAGCACACGGUCUCGCCAGAAACACCCAAACACAGAGGGCGCCAUGACGCGCCGCAGCUCGGGGGCCUUGGCCUCCCUCUCCCUCCGCACCAUCUGCACGUUCCUCUGGUGCUGCUCGAGCGUCCUGGUCAGCGUCUCGGGGGUGUCUGUCGCACGGCGCAUCCGGGCUCGCAUGCUGCUGCCGAGGGGGCAGUCGAGGAGGGAGGCCUGGACGCGGUUCCUGGAGAGGUCCCACACGCGGCCCUUGCUGUCGAACGUGACGGAGAGCAGGUACUGCGAGUUGCUCGACAAGGCGCCGUGGCAACACGGGGUGGCGUCGUCGGCAGCGAACGUCCGUAGCAUCUGUGUGGAAAGAGUGGAUGGAUGGAUGGAUGGAUGGACGGCGAGUGUAUGUCCAUUGCCCACCCGCAUGAGCGAAGUGCUCCAGAGUCUGCAGAAGCCGUCGAAUGAGGUUGAGGAGAAGACGCGGUCGUCUUGCGACAUGUCCAGGCUCGUCACGGGCCCCUCGUGCGCCUUGAGGUCCAUCAGACAACCGUGCCGACGCAGAUCCCAAUACUUGAUCCGCUCAUCGUAACCUGCACACAAACACACACCCACACAUCAACAUAUGACUGUCUGCCUGCCUCUCCGUCUGCCUGUGUUUCUUCCAUGAUACCUCCUGUGAGCAGCCAUGUGUUGUCGAGGUGCGGCGCGGCCACGGUCAUGCAGGCCGUCUCAUGUGUGUCGUGAAGUGCGGCGGCCACCCUGCUGCUCUUCAUCGAGAGCACCACCAUGCUCCUAUCGCUCCCCGCCGCAAACACAUGCCGCCCGCCCUCGUGCCAGCACAGGUCGUUGAGUCCGCAGUCACUCACUCGCUCCGACCCGCCCAUCUGCACCAGCUGCCCCGUUUCGACGUCCCAUAUGCCGAUCUUCCCAUCGGCCGAUGCAGUGGCGAGGUGCUUGCCGUCUGGCGAGAAGCGGCCGCGUGUGAUGCCGCCCGUGUGGCCCUCGAGGCGCCUCACGGGGUACCAUUCACCGUUGUCCUCGCCGACGCGGAAGUUGUAGAGAGCCGGCGGGUGGUAUCCACAGAGAGAUGCCGCCAUUUGUGAUGUUUUGGCUUUCCCUUUA